UCAUCAGUCCGCGUCGCAUGGGGGGGGCGAAACGUGGGGAGGAAGAAGUGGAGCAAAGCAGCGUAGUGAAGCUUCUCCACGUGAACCGAUGCGAACUGAACAUGGCGUCGACUCAGGAGCCAGAGAUCCAGUUCGCCCAGAGACUGGCCUCCAACGAGAAGCCCAUCCGGACCAAGGCGAUCAAGAAGCUGAGGAAGUACAUUAAUGUCAGAUCUCAGAAGGAAGCAGGUGGUUUCUCAAGCGAUGAGGUGCUCAAGCUGUGGAAGGGUCUCUUCUACUGUCUGUGGAUGCAGGACAAACCCCUGCUGCAGGAGGAGCUGUCGAACCAAAUCUCCAGCCUGAUUCACAGCUUCCACCACAUCGACGGACAGAUUUUAUACCUGGAGAGUUUCCUGCAGACCUUCAAACGGGAGUGGACCGGUAUCGACCGGCUGCGGAUGGACAAGUUCUUCCAGCUGGUUCGCUUCAUGUUCAGACGAAUGUUUGAACUGCUGAAGAAGAAAAACUGGGACAGCAGCGUGGUGUCCAGGUUUCUGGAGCUGCUGACGACUCAGCUCCUGCAGAGCGGCAGCGAGGCGCCCUGCGGGCUGCAGUUUCACGUCCUGGACGUCUACAUGUCGGAGCUGGCAGCUGUGGGCUCUGCAGAGCUCACUGCUGAUCAGAAUUUAAUACUCAUCGAGCCAUUCUGCAGAACAGCAGCAAAAACAAAAGAUCGGAGUCUUUUCGGAGCCAUCUGCAACAGCAUCUUCAGCACCAUCAUCGAUCAGGCUCCGUUUGCCAUCGAGGACUUGAUGAACGAGGUGAAAGCAGCACAUGAGUCAGACUCCGACUCGGGACAGGCCUCUGAAGAGGACCAAGAGGAAGAAGAAGACGAAGAGAAAACAACAACAACAAGAAGAAGCAAGCCCGUCGCAAGAAAGGAAAGCAGAUCAAUGUUGAGCUGUUUUCUUCUUUUAGGCCGAAAACCAAAUGAAAUCGAGGACGAGGAGGAGGAGGAAGAUGAUGAUGAUGAUGAUGAAGAAGAUGAGCUUCUUCACUUGGAGGACUCGGACACAGAGAUGCCGUGUGAUGAAGACGUGGGUCCAGUCCUGCAGUUUGACUACACAGCCCUGGCAGACAAACUGUUCGUGUUCGCCAGCCGGAGCAACACGCCGAGCCACAACAGACAGAGACUCUACAAGAUCAUCAAAGUGCUGCGUGACAUCAGUGAAGGCAUCUUCCCUCAGGACGACUAUCCGGAGGAGGUCUCCACAGACGAGGACGAUGAAUAUUUCGGCAGCAGGAAGAGGAUGAAGAAAAGAAGACGAAACAGGGAGGAGGAAGAGGAAGACCAGGAGGAGGCUCCAGCUGCCAAGAAAAAGAAAGGGAAGAAAAAGGAGGCAUCCAAAUCAGACAGUCAAAACAAAGACUCAGGAAACGAUGUCAGUGACGCAGCUGAUGUGACGGCAAACAGUGACAAGAAGAAAAAGAAGAAGAAGAAAAAGAAGAAAAAGAAAGCCGUGCAGGUAGGUGCUGCAGAUUCUGAGGAAAACACCAAGACGUCUGAACAGGAGCAGAGUCUGGCUCAAGAUUUGAGUGCAAGCGAAGAGACUGUAGGAGGUAAAACAGAGAGUUCACAAGAAGAGAAGGAAAGCUGCAUCUCAUCUGUAAAAGUCACAGAUGCAGCAGCUGCAGACGGGCAGGCAGAAACUCUGCUCCUUUCUGAGGUGAAGAAACAGCCUUCAGUCACAGUCACAGAGGAAGCCAGCGAACAAACCCCAGACAGCCAGGACCAACCGGAAGAAUCGACAGAAAGCAAGAAUCAGGAGCUCCAGCCUGAGGUGGCCGAGGAGCAGCAGACUUCAAAAAGUACAGAGACUUCCUCUGGAGCUGCAGCAUCUGAGAAAAAGAAGAAGAAGAAGAAGAAGAAGAAGGGCCUGAAGUCACAAACGGAUGAGAUUGUGGCUGAGUUGGAAGAAGCAGAAAUAACGACAAAAACACCUGAGACUGAGACAGAAACUCCUGCCAAGAAGAAGAAGAAAGAGGAGGAGGGCCUGAAGGCUGAGGGAGAAUUGAAGGAGGCUGCAGAUCCCCCAGCAGCACUUUGUGAGGAAAAUGGAACCCCAGCAAAGAGGAAAAAGAAGAAAAAGAACCUGCAGCCUGCCGACAAGGAGGAGGUGCAAGAGGUUGAGGGUGCAGCUGAGGAAGAGGGAGGACAGGCCGUAGCUGGUAUUCCAUCACCAGAAGAAACGGCCACCCCACUUAAAAAGAAGACAAAGAGCGCCGAGCGGGAGGAAGCGACAGCUGAGGCUGCACAUGACAGCUCUGCAACCCCGCUGAAGAAGAAAGCAAAGAAGAAUGAAAAAGAAACGGAGGCUGCGGUGGAGGAUGAGGGAGCGGCAGUGGUGGCAGAAAUGGCUCAGGUGUCGGAUGCUGAGAAACCGCCGUGUGAGACGACAACACCCGCGAAGAAGAAGAAAAAGAGCGGGAAGAAGCCGGCGGCAGCUCAGGCUGGAGACAUCAAAGAUUCAUCCGAGGCGCAGGUGGAUGGCAGUGCAGACGCGGAGCUCCUGCUGGGAGUAUCGGAGGUGCCCUCCUCUGGGAAAUCAGCCAAGAAGAAGAAGAGGAAGAUUCCUGUGGUGUUCGAGUUUGAGGCUGAGGAGGUGGAGGCGGCUGCAUCGAUCAACGGCCUCGCAGCACAGGAGCAGACCAACGGAGACAGUAAUGUGAGCGAGCAGUCAACGCCUCUAGCUGCUAAAAAGCCCAAAAAGAAGAUGAAGACGCCCUCAGGGUCCGACUUUGUCACGUUUCAGAGCAACGCUGCCGUUCCAACGCCGCUCUUCUGCAAGACCAAGGGCGGCCUCAGCACCCCCCGGUCCAGCAAGACCAAGGGAGGCCUCAGCACCCCGCAGCACAGCAAGAAGAAGACUCAAACUCCCAAAUCGGAGUCCAAGAAGGUGACUUUCGGCCUCAAGAACAACAAGACAGCCGAGUUCAGAAAGACGGAUCGCAGCCUGUUGGUGAGUCCAGACGGCUCGUCUCGAGUGCCCUUUGACCCCCAGCAGAAACCCAAGUUUGGGGUCUUGAAGUCUCCGCCCACCCCUCUCUCCAAAGUUAAAAAGACCCCCACCAGCAGCAAGAAGGCCAUCUCCAAACUGUCAAUCGUGACUCCUAAAAGACGAGCAUCUGCUGCAGAUUUCUUUUGAAUGCCGGCGCCCUGACAGACUGUUGGUGCAGAUGUAAAGGACUGAGUUACACACUUCUGUUUGGACUGAUUUAUAAAGAGGUAUUUUUGUGUUUAUUACACGUCGGCGUUUCCUCUCCGAGUGACUCCAAGUUUUAAUAAAGUUGCUCAUUACAGUUUUUCCAAUUUUA